GAAAAGGAUAGAGAAUCGUUUGAAAGCAACUUUGGGCGUUUUGUUUCCAUAUUUAUCGCCUAUAGAUCAAAAUUUCGAGCUUUUGUGGUUCUCCUUUUGUGCGGCUCUCAAACAUUUGAAACGGUUAUGUCCAUCAUUAUAGGUUGGAAUGAUUACGACGUAAGAUUCGAGUGUUUAAACGUAACUUUGUUGCUGGGUUGUAUGUUUUCCUUUAUAAUACUGUACUGGAUUAAGAAAGAUAAAGUGUUUUAUUUGUACAGAGCCUUGGGAAGUGAAUUGCACGAGUACGACGUUGGUGGUGAGACGUUGGAACACAUAAACCGUUUGCGAGCAGAAAGCAAAAUUGAAAAACAAAAGAUACCUCGAAUAAAUUUUAUAAUGUGCUGUUCCGUCAUGCUACUAAUUUCGUUCAGACGGCCCUUGAACUACCUUAUAAAAGGUGAAACCAGGCAUGCCAGAGACGGAGCGGAUUUGCCUUCGUCGCAUUUCGUUGGCGGCAUCCCGAUCCCGUACUGGUUUUACGUCGAACCUAAGGGCAAUUUAUAUUAUCUCGCAGCGUUUCUCGAAUACUUCAACAUAAUUUACGUCGCGUUAUUGUUUCCGAUUAUCGACGGCGCUUUCGUCGCCAUGUCUCACGAGAUAUGCACGGAAUUUAAGAUAUUGCACUACAUGCUAAAAAACUUGGUCGAGACGGCAGAAGUCCAAUAUGAAAAAUCGAGCCCAAAUUCGAGUAUUAAGGACAUGAACAAAUUUAAAAUAAUUCUCAAGUCUUGUUUAAGAUCAUGUUUAAUUCACCAUCAACAUAUUAUCAAGGUGAUCUCUGUGAUUCGUGAUGUGAAUUACAUGCUCCUCGUGUUGUCCGGACUUGGCAUUGGUAUCUUUACAUGUUUGCUGGGCGUGGUUUUAACUGUGCCGGGCACUUCUGAAGCCCUAAAAGCAUCCUCGUUUAUACUAAUUCUAUUAGAACUUAUACACGUUUAUUUCUACUGCUACUACAGUGGUCAGUUUUCCGAUUUGUCUGUAGCUGUUGGAAGUGCAAUUUAUGAAUCUAAUUGGGUAAAAUACAGCUCUUUACUCAAAACGGAAAUGAUGAUACUUGUUGAAAGAUCAAAAAAGCCUAUUACCCUUUCUGCUGGUGGAUUUUCUGAAUUGAAUCUGGAGAUGUUUUCAGGCAUUAUCAAUUCUGCAUAUACCUACUUCAACAUCAUAAAGGCUAUGUCCUAAAUAUUUUCCUUAGGUGAAGCAUUAUAAGUAAAAACGGACCAACGGAGAGACGACCUGAGAACCAAAAAUAGAAAAUUUGAUUUCACUUUACAACAUUUCACAUAAUGGCAGUGUCAAAACACCAAUAGCUGUAGAAUUCUUACAAUUGUACGCAAGUUCAACAACAUUUAGUAUAAAAUUGUCAUCAUAUUGUACAAUGUCAGAUGCAUUAAAAUAAUGUAAAAAUAUUGCACUACGUUAACAGUAGAGUCCAUAUUGU